AUGUUUCAGCUUUGGAAACUUGUUCUCUUGUGCGGCCUGCUCACAGGGACCUCAGCGUCCUUUCUUGAUCAUCUUCUCAAAGACUUGAAUACUGCUGUGAACAACCUGGAAUCUGCUCUUGAUAAAGGACUUGAGACCGUUGACAAUAGGCUUGAACCUAUUACCCAGGAGUUGAAGGCCGAAUUGGGGGUACUCCAGGAAACCAAGUCUUCACAAGAGGUCAACCAGAAGAUCGAGAAUGUUGAGACCUUGUUGAAUGACGUCUUUGCUACUGUUUUUCAAAUUGUGGAAACGAUUACAGGGUUGAAAAUCAGUGACAUCAGCAUCCUGGAUAUCGAACCCGAACUGACUUCUGAUGGCAAUGGCGUUAUCCUGAGGAUUCCCGCCACCUUUAACAUCUCCCUGACCCUGCCUCUUUUGGGCAAGAUCGCCGACCUGAGUGCUUCCUUUGACCUCCUGACUACUGUCACAGUUGAAACUGAUGCCGAGACCGGGGUCUCCACGGUGGUCAUGGGGGAAUGCACUGUCGAUUUAUCCAACUUCUCACUCACCUUGCUAGACAGCCGACUUCCACUGGUCAGCAGAAUCGUGGACACCCUGACCAAAGACCUGAGAAAGAUCGUGUCCCUCGUAGUGCAGAAGGAGCUGAACUUCAAGAGGAGAACCAGCAGCCACAAGGCGAAACUGAAGCUGGUGUAUGAAGAAACCCGCUGUGAUGUCCGCCUGCUGACUGGUUCCAGAGGCUUGACUGAAUUCUCUUUUACCAGCUCCCUAGGGGACGGUGCUGCCACCGAUCCAACCCAGGGGAAAGCCUGA